GGGGGGGGGGGAAGAGAGAGACAAGGGGAUGGCCCCAGAAGACGGGAGGACAAACUGGGCAAAGAAUGUGGUAUAUCCUGUCCAAGCUGCGGCACAUGAGAAGGGGAAUAGGUCUUCUUUUCCUGUUGGGUACUUGGAUGCGUUGCCGUCGUGUUGGUUGGUGGCCGCGCUCCUGCUUGUGGGCAGCAAGCAGCAUUCCCGUCGCCUUCACCCACGCUCCAAGUAGACGAGAUGGCGAAACAAGACGCCAGGCAUGGCUUUUGGAGACUGAUGGCCGUCCGGCAGAGGCCCCGCCUGUCAUGUACAUGAUUAUGCACAUGCCACUGCUUUCAGAUGGGGAUUUGGCGUGUGCGAGGGAUUCAGUUUUGGGAAUUUGACUCCAUGCUGUGAUAGUUAGAGGGUUGAAAUAUCGUCGAGCAGCCCCUGUGCCUGGAUACUAUCACCCAGGCAGAGCAAUAGUCAACACUAACAAGCCGGUACUCUUUGUGCAACCACG